AUGGCCGACGCUCCCGUUACCCUGCGGACUCGCAAGUUCAUCCGCAACCCCCUGCUUGCUCGCAAGCAGAUGGUCGUGGAUGUCCUCCACCCCAACCGCGCCAACGUCUCCAAGGACGAGCUCCGCGACAAGCUCGCCGACCUGUACAAGGCCAACAAGGACCAGGUCUCCGUCUUCGGUUUCCGUACCCAGUACGGUGGCGGUAAGAGCACUGGUUUCGCUCUCGUCUACGACUCCCAGGAGGCCCUGAAGAAGUUCGAGCCCCACUACCGUCUGGUUCGCAUCGGUGCUGCCACCAAGAUCGAGAAGCCCAGCAGACAGCAGCGCAAGCAACGGAAGAACCGCUCCAAGAAGUUCCGCGGUACCGAGAAGGUCAAGGGCCCCAAGAAGAACAAGAACUAA